UGGUACCAGUAACUUCCAAUUGCUGCAAAGUCCGAACGUCGAAGGUUCUCCGUUUGCUUUUCAAACGUUACAACGCGUCGACGACGGAAUCUACCAUUUUAUAGCAUUUCACUACAUUUUCACUCUGUCGAAUUUGUCGAAUGAGACCGUAAGCAGCCUUGUGCAGACUUCAACUGAGAAGGCUGUGAUCUGCGCUGCACGGGGAAACAUUGCUGAUUACACUCAUUACACUGAUUACAGACAGAAAUGUUGUCGGCACUGGUUUUGGAUGAGUGCCACUGUGUAGUGGAUGUUGUGCGAAGCGGCGGACUUCCGCAGCGCGGAAUGGUGUGGGAUGUGAUUCCCGGGCAGGGCGUCAUGGUGGACUUCGACUACGCUGACCAAAAUCGCCAACUGGUGCCGUUCGAUCAGUGCUUCAAGCCGCCCAUGCGACGCGAUACCUACAAAUUCAUUCGUGGUGACACUGUGUCGGUGCUGCUUCAACGUUCCUCGGACAAACCAUGGUGCUGGUAUCCGGCCGUCUUCCUGGCCCAUCUGACGCAGAGGACGGUCUUUGUGGAAGUGAACUUCAACGGGAAACUGAAGCUUGAAGUGGUGGAGAAUUGCCAGGCUCGGAAAGCGCCCACCGAGUACCAACCGCUGACAGGAAAUGCGCUUUACAAGCAUGUAGUGCGCGAUCGAACUAGCGCCCGUCGGACGGAGGCGGAUAAGCAGUUCUGGGAGAAAUGGGGUACAAACGGCCUGGGAUAUGAGGGAGAUAAAAUUAAAUACACGUCAACAUCGAAUCAGCCAUCCCCUCACCGUCACGCUAGAGUUCUUUUCUCGAUAAUAAUGCGCUACAGAAAAGAAACGCCGUCCAUAAAGAAGACCGCGAAUACAAUUCUGGAGGUCACUGGUGGCAUCGAUCUGGACGAAAAUCAGUGCAGUAUCACGGAAUUACCGGUGGAUUUAUUGAACGCGGUAUUUACCCACUUGAGCGUCUACGACCAACUGAAAUGUCGCAGUGUCUGUCAUACCUGGGAUGUCCUUGUGGCGUCGUUGCUGUCCUACCGGUUGGAGUUAAAUGUGGACACAUGCGGUGAGCGACUUCUGACCAUUCGCCUGCAUAAACUGCUUCUACCAGCCACCAAUGUGCUGAUUCUGACCGGCAAUCGGACACACGUGAGCGGCUACCUGCCACUGCGCAUUCUGCGAAAGAUGCUGCAGCUGAACGGUGUCAAAGUGUCACGCAUCGUGCUGGUCAAUUUAUUAGUGACCAUAAUCGAUGUGUACGAUUAUUGGAGCGGUGGAAAUUUCCUGCCCCUGCUGCCACUGUGGGCGGAUGUGUGUGAGAAAUUAACGGUAAUCGAGGUGGAUGUGAUGCUGUUUUCCAUACAUCAGGCGAAGUCAUCCACGGUGACCUAUCGGGUGAAACGGCAGUCGAUUAACUUGAAACGCGACGAGUGUGUGGGUACAGUUUUGGAAAGUUGGUACCCGGGAGUUAGUAAGGAAGACUUGGUCAAUACAGAGAGAAAGUUGCGCACCGAGUGGGAUAAUCCUGACCAUAAACAUCGGAAAAAUAUGUUUUCGAUGAUCAAGGUGUAUCAGUCAGGAGACGAGGGGUUUGCUUCGUUCAGCGGUUAUGACAGCAUCCCUGAUAAUCUACCACCACUGUCAUCCCUGCGCAAAUCCACUGUUUGGUUCCUGAAGACACGCUAUUUGGAUGCCGGCAGUAACUGACGAAAUGUUGGUAAAUAUUGUAUUUGGUCACAAUUAAACCAAACUUGGCGAUGCUCACAAUCCGCUGAAAGCACUGCGUCGGUUGUUUUGAUGGAGUGCAGCGUUUAAUUGUCAUAUAGAUAUAUUGUACUAACGUACUCGUGUAUCUGCAUAGCUUGCUGCGCGAAACUACAGCAAUAUGGCUUCCAAAAUUUGGCUUUGUAAAAUGUAAAUGACCGAUUAUUCUGAAACUUAAAUUUUGCCGUAUUCUGUUUACCUUAUUUCUCUGUUUACUUUAUUUACUGUUUACUUUCUUUCGCAAUUUUUUGCUCUUUACUGAUGGUAUACAACUAAUACAAGCACAUGUCCGAUAUUUUUAUUUGGUAGCAUUCUUGCAUGAUACAUUGUUUUCGAUGGCUCCAUCGCAGCACUUGUGUACUAACUGCUUGAUUCCAUUUUUUUACCCCCGUUAAUUGGUCAAAUGAUCCUAAUCACCCUAAUGUGCAGUA